CUCGGCCGGUCCGGGCAGCCAUUUUGGGCAGAGCUUUGUUAUGAUUCGGUCUGAGGAACUGAAGCUACGGAGAGAGUGAGGGGGCGAGUUGGGGCCUGGUUCGGUGAGCACGGCCUUGCGUGGAAAAAAGAGAAGAGGAGCUGGACUUGAGGAGGGAGUUGAGUGGCUGCCAGCGUCGGGGGAGAUACUGAGAGUACUUCGUGAACUCUACUCAUUUUGAUGGAAGAAGACUAUUGCCCAAACGUGAACUCUUCAUUAAAAUACAACCAUUUUUUUCUCUGUUUUUAAAAGCAACAAUUCAACUACAGUAGAAGGAUAGCUUGCUAGCUUGGCCCUUUACUUUUAGCUUUAAUUGAAUGCAUAAAUAGGAACAGUAGAAAGAGUAAUAAUUGAAUCUUGUAUCUUCAAGUUGCUUUUAGUUCCUUACCAAGGAAACUUAAGUGACAUUAUGUGAAAAGCCUUUCAAAAUAGUGUUUUUAAGAAAGCUAAUUUUUAGCAACUGUUAAAGAUGAAUCCUGCAUUUUAGCACUUAUAAGAACAAAGGUUUAAUACACCAGAAUUUGCAAGACUCCUCAGAAUCUGUAACUCUCCUUUCCCCCUGCCCCUUUGUUUCAGAUUCAUUUGUUGCAGAAGAUGAACAAAGUGGAUUUGUGAAAUUCACCAUUAAUUAUGGGGCUUUUCUGAAUGCUGUGCAAAUUUGACAACUACUUUUGUAAUGUAAUAGCUGAAUUAUACAGCAUUGUGACAACAGGGAACAGUUUAAUGAGGUGAAUGUAGUUGUAGCUUUCCAAAAAUGCACACUGCAUUUUAGGGGUUUUUUUUUCUCUCAUGAGUUCAGAGAGCAUUUAAGAUGAGCAGCUAGAGGGGUAAGGGGUGCAGUCAGCACGAAGUGCGGCUUCUCGUGCUUCCUUUGGGACUCACCAUUGCCACAGAGCUGGCAUAGGUGCACCCUGGCGAAGGAAGGAACCUGGAAAUCAAAGAAAGUAUUAAAGUGAGAGUGGACUGCAAAGGCCAAACUGGAUCCUGGCCAUGAGGUUUGAUGCCUCACUUUAUUGAAGAGAGACACUGGACCUAAAUGGCGCAGCAUGACUUUGUUCCUGCCUGGCUUAACUUCUCUACGCCACAGUCUGCCAAGGCUCCUGGAGCUACAUUUGAAAAGCAUGGAGAGCAUCUUCCUCGGGGAGAAGGCCGCUUUGGUGUAAGCCGGAGACGCCACAACUCUUCUGAUGGUUUCUUUAAUAAUGGCCCCCUCAGAACUGCUGGAGACUGCUGGCAUCAGCCUUCCCUGCACCGCCAUGAUUCUGUGGAUUCUGGUGUUUCUAAAGGAACUCAUGUUGGGCUUGCUGGCAGUCAGCCAGGUUGGCAUGGUUCUUCACGUGGCCAUGAUGGCAUGAGUCAGAGAGGAGGAGGAACUGGAUCUCAUCGCCACUGGAAUGGCAAUUUCCACUCCCGAAAGAGUUCAGCAUUUCAGGAAAAGCCACCUGCUGAAGCUAGGGAGGAGAAGGAAGAGAAGGAGAAAUUGCAGUUUGAGGAGGAAGAUUUUCCAUCAUUGAAUCCAGAAGCUGGAAAACAGAACAGCCAGGGUAAACCAGCUGGAACUCCAUCUGGUGUUUGGGAAAAUCCUCCUAGUGCCAAGCAACCUACCAAGAUGCUGGUCAUCAAAAAGGUUUCAAAAGAGGAUCCUGCUGCUGCCUUCUCAGCUGCAUUCACAUCACCAGGACCUCAGCUUUCAAAUGGCAACAAGGCAACCCCCAUUGUCCCAAGUGUCUACAAAAAUCUGGUUCCUAAGCCUGCAGCACCCCCAUCAAAGGUACACAGAAUGUCACCAAAUCAGUGGAAAGCUAACAGAAGUGAACAUAAACCAAGCUCACUAACCUCUAGCCGUGAUUCAGCUUUUACCAGUCCUGUGUCUGUAACCAAACCAGCUGUAUUAGCCAGUGGCUCUGUUCUCACCUCUUCCAAAGAGAGUCCCUCCAGUACCACCCCUCCUAUUGAAAUAAACUCCUCUCGCUUGACAAAGCUGAUGCGCCGCACCACAGAUAAGAAGAGUGAGUUCUUAAAAGCUCUGAAGGAUGACAGGAAUGGAGAAUUGCCAGAGCGCCAUGAGAACAACAAACUGGAGGAUGUGGAUGGUGGCAGUACAGCAGAACCAAAGGAAAACUGGGAGGAGAACUGCCAUCAGAAUGGCCUUUCUUUGCCUUUGGAAGAGGGAGAGAAUCUUUCUCACUCUUUAGAAGCAGAACACAGAUUACUGAAAGCAAUGGGAUGGCAGGAAUAUCCUGAAAAUGAUGAGAAUUGCCUUCCCCUUACAGAGGAUGAGCUCAAAGAGUUCCAAAUAAAGUCAGAGCAGCUAAGAAGAAAUGGCUUUCGGAAGAGUGAAUUUCUUCGAGGCCAGGGCAGCAGUCAACUAUUCUCCCACUGGAGAAGCACUUUUAAGACAGAGUUUGAAGAGUCAGAUACAGAAACAAGUAGCAGUGAAACUUCUGACGACGAUGCCUGAAAAUGGGCACCAAAAAAUCUACAAUAUAAAACCAACCCAGCAAACUCAGUUUGUAGUUCAGCACAUAAAAUGUUUGGGGUUCGAAUGAAGCAGAGUUUAUUCUAUCUCAAGUCUGUUCAGUUUUUUAUUGUUGAAAACUUCAUGCACAAGGGAAAGAAUUAUAUCCCAAAGAAGAAAGCUAUUGGCUUACUACUUUUUGGUUUUGCCCUUCUGUGCUUCGUAGAGAACAAUCCAUUCUGCCUUCUGGAGCAAGGCAUGGGUUCAGUCUCAUCAGGAGCAGGAUGCAAAAGACUUAAGUUGGGCAACCACAAGCUUCUCAUACUGCCGUCCACAUUGCAAAAUGUUGCGCGGCAAUAAUGUGCUAAAACAAUCAUUGUCAAUGACAAAAUGGCUACGGAAGUUCUAAUUGUGUUAAAUUAAUGCUAAUAACAUGGAACUUUUUUAUUUUUUGGCGGCUCGGGGAGCUUCAUCACUUAACCAGGCGUGUUUGGUUUUUCUUUUUUUGGGGUACAGCUGUAAAAUAUUUGGAUAUAGGAAUUGUUUGUGUUCUUGCAACCUUGAUAUUCAGGGUGGAUUGUUAAAAUAUAAAAUUUUUGUGGGAUUUCAAAGAUUAAGAUUAUUUUGAUAACAUUAUUUACAGAUUUAAAAAAGUGACUAUCACAUUGAGUCUGUAUGAGGGGGAAAACUACUGCAUCAAAAGAUAACUAACUUGGAAUAAAUAUUUUGCAUCAGUUUGCCAA